UUUAAAUUCAAUUUACCGUAAACAGUUUGUUCCUCCUUAAUUUUAUUGCAAAAAAGAUAUAAAUUGAGUAGCUCACAUAAAAGUUCACAUAAUCGAUCCAGCCAAGAGAGUAAUCAAGGAGUCUGACGAUAUUUUCAAGAACAUCGUUAUCGACAAGAAGCGGAAAUGUUUAAAACCACCAGCAAGUUUUUUCCUUUCAAAGUAAUACUUGUAUUACUGCUCGCGACUUCAACCUCACACAGUACGCAACAUUUGGGGCGAGGUAAAGCUGCUGAGCCAGAACGUUUAACAUGGGAUAAGAAUGAAGAUUACAUUUCUUACGUGUUCACCGAUGGGACCAAGAAUGCCGAGGAACACGUUGAACCUCUGGACUUGCCACAGUGGGAUCCCACAUGCCCACCAAGUUGUAAAUCGCUAACAACGAUCAUGAAUUGCGUCUCGACCGUAGAAGAAAAAAGUUCAAUAUGUAAUGUUGGGGGUUGGUGUAAGUGUAAGACCUCUAAAGGUUUGGAAAGGGAUUGCGUGGAAUGUGUGAGCCAGUAGUUUUAAAGAAGAACGCUCGGCUUAACUCCUCAGUCUCACGCAAUGUGUUUGCCAUGAACAUACUACGAUUGAGAACAUUUCAAUAAAGACGAAAAAAAUGAA